AGAAAUCACAUUCUCUAUGCUCAAGGCUUGAACGAAGUGCAACCCCGACCAUCCUUACGCCGUGGAUCAUUGCGAUGUGUUCUUGGCGGAGGGGAUUGACCUUGCUGUCAAUGCAUUUCCCAACAAAUGCGUCAGCUUAAUGAAAAAGUACGGAUAUGGGUUGUCGAAGGAAGAAUUGCAGUUAUCUCGCAAUGCCGGGGCACAAAGCGCUGUAGACAUCACCCUUGAAGGCAUAACUUGGUAGCUGUAGC